GUUUGUUUUCGAGACUGUACAGGUCACAUGACAUUCAAAAUGGUAGACGGACUUUUAAAAAUGGAUUUACGAAAUUUGGAAUAUUUUACUUAAUUGAAGCGACCUCUUGUGUUCUGUGAUGUAAUGAAGUCGGUUGAAGCAAAGGUCGUAGUGCUAGGAACACAAGGUGUGGGAAAGACCAGUGUAGUUCUGCGGUAUGUCGGCAACUCCUUCAACAGGGCAGUUAGUCCCACCAUAGGUGCCUCCUUUUUCACAUGUAAAGUGUUGCUUGACAGUUGCCGGGUGAAACUUCAAGUCUGGGACACCGCAGGACAAGAAAGAUUUAGAUCUAUGGCACCCAUGUAUUACAGAAAUGCAAAUGCUGCACUUCUUGUGUAUGACAUCACAUCUGCAGCUAGUUUUGAGGAUGUCAAGAGUUGGGUGUCAGAGUUAAAGAAAAACAUUGAUACUGCAAUAGUGAUGUGUAUGCUGGCAAACAAGUGUGAUCUGAACAAUGAGAGACAAGUCCCCAAGGAGGAGGGUCAGGAAUAUGCUGCGUCUAUUGGGGCUUUAUUUCUAGAAACUUCUGCUAUUUCAAAUGAAGGAAUUCGACCUGCCUUUCUUGAAGUUGCCAAAGAACUGUUAAAACUUUGUGAAAAAGUACCAAACUCUGGGCUGAAUUUAUAUGAAACAAUGUCACAGGAGAAGUCAAAUAACAAUAUAGUCUCACCACGCAAUCAUGUAAAAACAAACUUUGUAGGAAAUUUACAUGAUGGACGUGAACCUGAACAGCAAGAAAGGCAUUCAUGUUGCUGAUCUAUUUGGAUGAGAUAAUAUAAUAUGGGCUAUGAUUAUAAUAUGGUCUAUGAUAUAAUAUGGCCUGUGAUUAUAAUAUGGUCUAUGGUAUAAUGUGGUCUAUGAUAUAAUAUGGCCUAUGGUAUAAUAUUAUAAUAUGGUCUAUGGUAUAAUCUAUGGUAUAAUCUAUGAUAUAAUCAUGAGAAGUGUCAUCACCCAGCACAUGGGCAGGUUUAUCACACCAUAUAUGGCGUUUUUACACCAUAGUCAUUUAUCACAGCAUGAGCAGUGUAAUCACACCAUAGGCAGCUCUACACCAUGAGCAUUAUUAUUACACCACUGGUAGUUCACACCAUAAGCAAUGUUAUCACAAGAGCAGUGGUAUCACACCAGGAGCAGAGCUAUCACACUAUAACCAUUAUAUCACACC